AUGCAGGCAUUCGGGAAUGGUGUUGCCUGGGUACGAUGGCGUCUACCGUCAGCAGUCGCCGCAGAGCAUCAGGGACAUACGGAAAAGGCAACCCUCAGUGACCACCGCGCAUACUGGAACUACGAAAAAUCCCUGACGGACUGCGAUAUCAACUUUGAAAUCAUCCAAGAGUUCCACAACUCAUCUGAAAAGAACGUGCUUGGAAAAAUCAAGCUUAACCUUGCCGAAUAUGUGGACAAAGUCGAAGAAGAUGAAGGUGUCGUCAGGCGGUAUCUUAUGUUCGACAGUAAAGUCAACAGUACUGUCAAGAUCGGGAUCGCAAUGCGCCAGAUUGAGGGAGAUCGUGUUUUUACCACGCCACAUCUAAAAUCUGCCACGGUAUUCGGAGGAAUCGCAGGUGUUGUGCACUCCUCUGAGCCGGUGGACUCGGACGAGCUGGGCCAAAUGCCUUCGAUCAACACCAAAAGCAGAGAAACUGCUGACAUGCAAGACCUGUAUCGACGAACACUAGCAGCCUCAUGGACCUCUCGAUCAUGCGAUCUUCCUGCCGAUAAGAUGAUUGAGGAACUAUUCUCUGGUGGAGGAUCCUGGAAUAUCGAAGCCCACAACUUUGCAGAUGGAGACUAUAUCGGACAUGAUAGUCGAGAUGCCUUUUUGGACCCAGAGGCGGGUGCCAGAAAAUCUCGCUCGGGCAAAAGGCUAUCACCUAGCUUGUCUCCGGGAUUCGAGAGGCGUCCGAAGAGCUCUUCGAGUAAUCAUUCCAGAGGUAGCGCAAAGACGCCAGAGCCCUUUUCUACUCUCGGACAUCCUCAAAAGAGCGGCAGCAUCGAACAACAGCUAUAUGACGGGGCAAAGGGUCGCGGUUGGAAGAGUCGGCAUGCUGAGCAUGAACUUUCCGAAUUCGACGUCAGAGAAGAUCUGCGAAGUUGGGAAGUAGGAUCCAAUAAUUGA